AUGAUGCCCUACAAUGUAGAUAAUAAUACCAACGGGUUCAUGAAACCCAUUAACCUUCAAUCUGAGGAGCUGGAAUGUUGUACUGGAAGCUCAGUAUUCCAAAACGAUAGUGAACAUAUAAAAGAAAAUCAAGAUACAUUAAGUGAUCAAACGCCUUGCUUUUCAAUGUUAGAUGUCCAAUGUCCUGCUUUGAAUCUCAGCGAAUCAAAUUAUGAUUUGAUGGUUCAGAAUGAAAUACCACUUUCUAAGGAUACUAAUUUCCAGACAAUUCAACUAAUGCCUAGUUCUGGUGAAUGUUCGUCCUAUGCAGUGGCAGAUAGCGGUAAUCAUCACAAUGAUAACAAUAGUGAUAUCAAUCAUUCUUAUGAAAAGAAUGAUAAUUCGCCAAGUUCGAGAACUCCUUCGAUCCCUCAUAGUGAAAAUAUAUCAGAUGACUCUAAGGCAAAGAAAAAGGCUCAAAACAGAGCUGCUCAAAAAGCCUUCAGAGAAAGAAAAGAAGCUAGACUGAAAGAAUUACAAGAUAAAUUGUUAGAGAGUGAGAAAAACCGUCAAAGUUUACUGAAAGAAAUUGAAGAACUAAGAAAAGUAAACACUGAAAUCAACGCAGAAAACAGGCUGCUACUACGGAGUGGAAAUGAAAGGUUCUCAAGAGACCUAAUUGAUGGUACUGGUCAUAAAUAUUCUUUCCCAAUCAAAGAUGAAUUUUUCUCUUCUGAAGUCCCGGAAGGCAAAUUGAACAAUAAAAGCAUGUAUACGCUAAAGAGCAGUGGUCAGACCAGAGAAAAAGAAGCCCAGUAUACAGACAAAGCAGGAAGACAAGUCUUCACGGUCCCCGCCACCUGGGAGUAUCUUUACAAACUUUCAGAAGAUAGAGAUUUUGAUGUGACCUAUGUCAUGAGCAAACUAAAAGGAAAAGAAUGUUGCCAUACACAUGGACCUGCAUACCCAAGAAAUUUAAUUGAUUCUCUAGUGCAAGAGGCAGCUGCAAAUGAAUGA